CAAGUUCUGAAACUGCUAGAGCAUGUGGUUGCAGUCAGAAGGACAACGUUGGCAGAGAAUCACCCAGACCGGCUGGUAUCACAGCACGUGCUCGCAGCAGCAUAUCAAGCCGAUGAGCAGACGAAGAAGGCAGUCUAGAUACUGGAGCAUGUGGUUGCGGUUGAGGCAGAGAUAUUAGCAAAAGAUAAUCCUAGUCGGCAGCUGUCGAAAGACUUGCCGUAGUGCUGCUAUGAGAAGUCAGAAGGGGCCAGUGCAGUAAUGGAGUCUGAGACAUCGGUCCUUGGAGGAAAUGUAAUCAAUCUGACCAUACGUUGGGUUUCCACCCCAUGUAAUGCUGUUGUAACAAAAAAGUGGGAAGCGCAGGAAUACAUUGUCCACUAAGAGUGAAAUAAAGCAGCUUUCGGCCUGUGGAGUAACACUGCCGUGGGUCGCC